UGGUCACCAUGCCCACCUCGCGCCCCGGCGCCGCCCCCGCCGACUACUGGGUGGACGGCUCGCGACGCGACGCCGCGGUGGAAGACUUCUACACCAUGGGCUCCGAACUGGGAAGGGGGGCCACCUCCAUCGUGUUCCGCUGUGAGGAGAAACAAACGCAAAAACCGUUCGCCCUGAAGGUCCUGAAGAAGACCGGGGAGCUGUCUCUGUUGGUCGUGCCGGGCUGAUGGCUGGGCUGAUUGAGCUGGAGAUAAAAGACGCCUUUCCCGUCGGCUCGGUCUCUCUCACUACUGCUAUGGCCUGACGGGGAAGGGCUGGCUGCAGCUUCGCUCCUCAUCUUUACCUCACUUUGCUUUAUAUUACAUCUACUGAUAUGCACUACACUUUUGGUUUGGCUUCCCCUUACUGAUAAGGUUUUGGCAUUAGCACUUUAAAUAAAUAAUUGUUCCAUCUUUACAACCAGCGUGGCUCCCUUUGUUAUGUCAGCUCUACUCGAGCCAAGUGGUCCUGACAUAAUGGGGGCUCGUCCGGCCGUAUUGUAACCCUGAAUUUGGUGGAAAUUUGGUAGGUUUACUCUAAUUCCCACUCAACAGCUGAGUGCGGUGUAGUCACGUGAUCGGCGUUUAAGUUUUGUGAAUGAAGUCGGGGUAGGCGUAGUUUGGGUCUACCGGCUUCUGAACGCCGAUUGUUUGAUUUGGGGAGAUCAUCGCUGGUUAUCCUUUGGUAAAGCUUGGUUUUGAGGAAAAUUGGGGAGCUUUCAUUUAGCCACAUAUUGUUUUUGUUUGUUUUUUGAAAGGGGGAAUGCUUUUCUCGUAGUGGAGCGACCAGUCAUUUGGAGCCAUUGUCGUCCCCAUUCUAGAGUGCUUCCGCGCUGGGUUUAUAGGCUGCCGUGUCACUGUUUCUGGGCCAGGGCACCGCUGUGGAGAACCGACCGCAUUGGCUUUGUCGGGACGGUACGGGCUUCAGCAGCGUUUGGUGAGGAAAUGAUGUAAUCAUCCUGGUCCUUGGACUCAGUGCGAAGAUAGGUUAGUGAGGGUAGAUGUUUAGGGGGAGGGCUCCGAUUGGUCUGCUCUUCUGCGUGAUUUGAUUUCACUUUGCAUCAUAGUUUUUCUUUUGUUUGGGCUAUGUGGUUAGAUUAUUGGAUAAUUAGUGGAAGACCGAUGGUUAGUUCGGCUUUUGGAUUGUGUACAUUGGUCAUGUGAUUGUAUCAUUUGUGGGCUUGUAUAAUGAGUGGAUAUGAUGACUUUGGCUGCUCCAUCAGAGAAUUUAUUGGUAGCGUUGACAAAAGAGCAGUUGUUUUGUAUAGCAGAUUAUUAUGUGAUUGAGGUGACCAUUCCAAAGAGGGCUAAUAAAGAUCAGUUAGUGGAUUUCCUUCGGGAGCGUUUAAAGGAGAAACAGGUGUUGUCUGGGGUUACACCUGUAGAGCUAACGUCAUUGACGGUGCCUGACCAACCGUUGUCCAACAUGAGUCAACUAACGUUUGAUGAGCAAAAAGAACUUUUGCAAAUGCAGUUAGAACAUAAGAAAUGGGUGGUGGUGCAGGAGUUGGAGCAGAAGAGGAUCGAGGCUUUCGAAAGAGAGAAAGAUCGAUUGCUUGAGAUGGAGCGGCUUAAGCAUACCGAGCAUGAACAAGAACAAGCUCGAGAGCUUGAGCGCACCAGGCUUAAGUUGGAAGCUGAGGGUAGAGGCAGUGCCGGCCAGCGUUCAGGCUUGGGAAGUAUGAUUAAGUUCCUUCCAAAGUUCAAUGAGCGUGAUCCCGAUGUCUUCUUUUCACUAUUUGAAAAUGUUGCUAAAAAUCAAGAUUGGAGUAGCGAGGAUAAAACUCUGCUGUUACAGACUGUUCUAAUUGGCCGGGCACAAGAAGCGUUUGUGGCUUUGACUUUUGAAGAAAGGAGAAGUUAUGAUAAAGUAAAAGAGGCUGUGCUGAAGUGCUAUGAACUUGUUCCAGAAGCAUACAGACAGCGUUUUCGCAAUUUACGAAAAUUCGAAAGGCAAACUCAUUCGGAGGUAGCCAGGGAGCUCGCAAGUCUUUUCAAUCGCUGGCUCACUGCAGAGGGUGUUGUUGAAUUCGAUGGCUUGCGUAAUUUAGUGAUGCUGGAACAGUUCAAAAACGUAGUGCCAGAACGCAUUGUUACAUAUCUUAACGAGCAUAACGUGAAGACCGCAGCCGAGGCUGCUGUCCUCGCUGAUGGCUAUGUGUUGACUCACAAGAAUCACUUAGCCUAUGUACGAGACUACUCGCAACGGUAUGACAAUCGCAGAGAUGACCGCGACCACCGCAAAGAUCACCGCAACGUUGAUGCGCAGGUGGUUCGUGGAAAUGUGGGUCCUCCUGGAAGGUUGGUUUCUGUGCCUCUUAGCAAAAGUGAAGAAGACAAUAAAUGUAAUUAUUGUUGGCAAUUGGGCCAUUGGAAAAUUGAUUGUCCAGCUUUGCUUGCUCGCAGAAAGAGUAGGUUUACAGAAAUGAAUAGGGAAGUCAAGGACGUCGGCUGUGUGGCUUCGAUUCCUGCUGCGCAUUUGGAUGAUGAACCUAAAGGAACAACCAUGUCUAACUAUGCUCCUUUCAUUACAGAGGGGUUUGUGUCAAUGAUGGGAGAUGAUCGUAUAGUGCCAGUAAAAAUACUGCGUGACACAGGAUCAUCUGAGAGUUUUAUAUGUCAAUCGUCUUUGCCUUUCUCCUCUUUAUCGGACACUGGGAGCUGUGUUCUGAUUCGGGGAAUUGGCCUUCAUCCGUUUCCAGUGCCAUUGCACAAAAUUAAGUUACAUUCUGGAUUUGUGAAUGGCGAAGUGAUUAUCGCUGUACGUCCGACUCUGCCUGUAGAUGAUGUUGACCUGAUUAUUGGAAAUAAUUUGGGGGGGGAUUGCGUAUGGCCUGAGAAGUCAUGUCAUUUUCCGGUGGUGGAAUCAGUAACUGCAGCAUCUGCAGGUAAAGUGUUUGUCCCAGAGUUACCACCAUUGGCCGUGAGAGUUGACAGUGAGAUAAUUGGCGCACAGAAGAAUGGUCCAAGUCUUGAGAAGUAUUUUGCAUUUGCCACUGAUCAAGCCGAGCAUGGGUAUUCGAUCAAGGAUGGGUUAUUGGUGUGCAUGUGGUCACCUCAGGAAGACACGGGUGGGGCAGAUCAGGUGUUGCAGGUGGUGAUGCCUGUAGAGUACCGUGAUGUAGGGUUGAAAACUGCGCAAGGGGAUGCGUCUGGACUUUUUGGUGUGAGAAAGACCUACAAUCGUGUGUUACAGCAUUUCUAUUGGCCACGUAUUAAAAGAUAUGUAGCGGGGUACGUUAAAACUGGUUAUGCUUGUCAACUGGCAGGUAAACCAAAUGUGUCCAUUAAACCUGCGCCGCUACAACCCACUCUGGGCUCGCCAUUUGGGGCGAAAUACUCUGGUCCGUUCACUGUCCUGCGUAAAAUCUCGAAGAGUAACUAUGCGGUGUCUACUCCUGAGCACAGGAAGAGAAAACAACACUGUCAUGUCGAUCUACUAGAACCGUAUUAUUCCUCGCCAUUGCAGGUGGUGGGUGAGAUAACUGCGGCUAGUCCUGUGGCGCUCGCUUUUGGGGUGGGCGUGCCUGAUGUUUCGCAGGUGGCAGCUGCGGAUGGGGUGAAGAUCGGGUGGUGAGAAUGGCCGGUGUUGGUGAUGGGUUGUAGGCCUAGCAGUUGUGUCCGCAAGGUUAAAUGGGUGAAUGUGCCCAAUAGGGUGUAUGAGUCUUCCAUUGUGAAUUCAUUAUUUGGUUAGAAUUCACUCAUUCUGUUUUGGUGAUUUGGGAUCGUUGGGCAGAUACAGAGUCCCGUUAAUAUGGGCCUCUGUCAUUUAGGGGGGAGUGAUGUCACGCCCAGCUUUGCCGUGCUGGAUGUGCCUCUCUGCCUGCCUUGCUUGGCGUGUCAUGGUUGUCCGUGUUCCGUGUCCGUGUUCUUUCUAUCGCCACUAGGGGGAGCUGUCUCUGUUGGUCGUGCCGGGCUGAUGGCUGGGCUGAUUGAGCUGGAGAUAAAAGACGCCUUUCCCGUCGGCUCGGUCUCUCUCACUACUGCUAUGGCCUGACGGGGAAGGGCUGGCUGCAGCUUCGCUCCUCAUCUUUACCUCACUUUGCUUUAUAUUACAUCUACUGAUAUGCACUACACUUUUGGUUUGGCUUCCCCUUACUGAUAAGGUUUUGGCAUUAGCACUUUAAAUAAAUAAUUGUUCCAUCUUUACAACCAGCGUGGCUCCCUUUGUUAUGUCAGCUCUACUCGAGCCAAGUGGUCCUGACACGCACACACACACACACACACACACACACACACACACACACACACACACACAC